UGGGGACGCUGCCAGACCUGGGAGAAACCAGUGCUGGAACCACCUUAUGUCGAGUCUCACCACCGUGUUUGCACCUACAACGAGACCAAGAUGGUGACAGUGAAGCUGCCCAAGUGUGCCCCUGAUGUGGAUCCCUUCUACACCUACCCAGUGGCCAUCCGCUGUGACUGUGACAUCUGCUCCACUGCCACGACUGAAUGUGAGACCCUCUGA